UGCGGUUGACCCCGUGAUAAGGAACAACUGAUUGUUAAAAAACUUCUCAGAGUGUCAGUAUAUUAACAUUUAAAUGUUACAUAAAAUCAAAUUACCGUAAAAUAGAUCUUUAUUUCCUAUUCACUAUUUAACAAACAAGCAAGAAAUAUUGAAAUUUGAAUAUAACGAUAUAAGGAAAUUUUAAAGAAAGGACAACGCAUGGUAUCCUGUGGGUCUUGGUUGAAGAUAGGGUCAAUAAUUUAUUAUAUUUGAAAGUCAAAUUACUUUUUACAAUGAGGGUGGUUGCUCUUAUUAGUGGUGGAAAGGAUUCAUGUUUUAGUAUGAUGCAAUGUGUUGCUGCAGGUCAUGAUAUAAUUGCAUUGGCUAAUUUACAUCCAAUUGGAAAAGAUGAUCUCGAUUCAUUUAUGUUUCAAACUGUUGGUCAUCAGGGAAUUGAAUUUAUUGCCGACGCUAUUGGAUUACCACUCUAUAGAGAGCCAACAUUUGGAAGAUCUAAAAUGCAAGAUAAAAAUUAUGUACCAACUGAUGAUGAUGAAGUUGAGGAUCUUUAUAGAUUAUUGAAAAAAGUGAAAGAUUCAGAAAAUAUUGAUGCCGUAUCGAGUGGAGCAAUUGCAAGCGAUUAUCAACGAUUACGCGUGGAAAAUGUAUGUAAACGUUUGGGACUUGUUUCAUUAUCAUAUUUAUGGCAAAGAAAUCAAGAGGAAUUAUUAAAUGAAAUGAUUCAAUGUUCAGUGAAUGCAAUAUUAAUAAAAGUUGCAUGUUUGGGUUUGGAUUUGAAACAUUUGGGUAAAUCAUUGAUGGAAAUGCAACCGCAUUUAUUGAUGAUGAAGGAAAAAUUUGGUUUGAAUGUUUGUGGUGAGGGAGGUGAGUACGAAACAUUUACUCUCGAUUGUCCAUUGUUUAUUAAAAGUAUCGUGAUAAAUGAAUAUGAAAGUAUUGUACAUUCGAAUAAUGAUAUUGCACCGGUUGGUUAUCUUAAUUUUAAAAAAGUACAAUUAUUGGUUAAAGAUAAGGGAAUGGAAAAUUUGUCACUGAAGGAAAGAUUACAGAAUGUUAUUAUAAAAAAUCCUCUUGAUUAUGUUUCUGAAAUAUUGUGUCUAAAGGAAGACGAUUUGUCUGAUGAUAAAAUUGUUGAAUUUGAUACAAAAAUUGAUAAUGAUGAAAUCUAUCCUGAUAAUCCUCAAGUGAAUGAAAAUGAAAGUGGUUGGCUAUGUUUUGGAGGAUUAACAAGUGAAAACACGAAUCCCGCAAUUGCGAUGGAGGAAACAUUAAAUAAAUUACAGAAUCUUUUGUCGAGUAAAAAUAUAAAUAUUUCGGAUAUUGUGUCAGUUACAUUGUUCGUUAAGGAUAUGGGGAAUUAUUCAUUGAUAAAUGAAAUUUAUGUUUCGAAAUUUGCACAUCUUAAUCCACCAGUUCGUGUUUGUGUGGAAUGUCCCUUGAAUGUGCAAAUUGUACUUGAGGCAUUGGCAUAUAAAGAUGGAAGUGGUACAAAAGAUGGUGCAAUUCAUCGUAAACAUACUUUACACGUACAGAGUAUCAGUCAUUGGGCACCGGCAAAUGUUGGUCCAUAUUCUCAGGUUGUUCGUAUUGGUGAUAUUAUUUUAGUUGCUGGACAAAUUCCCCUAAUUCCUGGCAGUAUGACAAUGUUAAAUUCAAAUAUAAGACAGGAGUGUCGUUUAACAUUGAGACACAUUGAACGAUUAUUAAAAUCAGUGGACAGUAAAACACAAUUAAGGGAUAUUGUGCAGGGAAUUUGUUUUUUAACUGAUUUCAAAUAUAUAAAAGAGGCGCGAAACGAAUGGGAGAGAUUGACAAAAAAUACUAUUGACGAUUAUAUUAUUGUGCCGAAUCUCCCAAGGAAUGCAAGAAUCGAAUGGAGUGUUUGGGCACAUAGAGAUAAUAGUCGAUUUGAAUAUGAGGAGAUAAGAAAAAAUAUGGGAAAUAUUAAAAUAUUGUUGAGAAGAAGAUGGAAUUAUGAUAAUAUAUCGGCAAUUGUGGGUUAUUUGUCUUUUGAUUUAACAAAAAAUUCGGAAACUAAUCAAGAAAAUUUUACACAAGAUGAACUAAUACAGUGUCUUGAAUAUCUUCUCUGUAAUUUGAAAAAGGGUUCACUAACUGAAAAUCCCGCGUGUACUUUAAGAAUAUUUUAUAAAGGUAAUCUUUUUUCUUCACAAUAUAUUCAAAAUCUUUUAGUGCCUUUUUUAAAUGAUAAUUUAGUUGUAACUAGUAUUCCUGCAUUAUAUUUACAUAAUGCCAAUACUUACCUUUCGGUGUGUGGUAUUCGUCACGAAUAGUGUGGUAAAAGAAAACGGAAAUAAAUUUGUAUUAAGGGCUUUACAGAAAAAUAUUAAUUUCGAUUAAUAAAUAAUAGAAAUUAAAUUUAUAAAAAAACAUUGUAAAAAUUAUUUAUCUUUUUCUUUAGUAAAAAUUUAAUAUAAUUUCAUUAAAAUUAUAUUUUAAAUUAAUAUUUAAAAUAUCUUUUUGGUAAAUUUUAAAAGAAAAUUGGAAUAGGAAUACGUUUUUUCAAAUUAGAAAUAAAGUGUAAUUGAUUUACUAAACAUAAAAGAUUUUGAAAGAGAUGACAAAGUAUUCAUAUUCUUUCUGAAUAGAGGAUUAAAAUUUAUUCAGAAUACUGAUGACCAUGUAUGUUUCAAGGCUUCUAUUUAAAAUGCUUCUUUUAUUCGUUACACUGUGCUCAUAAUAAAU